AUGGAAAAUAUCGAUGAAGUUCAUGACAUGAUUUUAUCAGAUCGUCAAAUUGGGCUAAAACCAACAUCUGAGGAACUGAAUAUUUUAUAUGACUGCGUCCAUCAUAUAGUUUACGAUUUGGACAUAAAAAAAUCUGGAAAAUGGAUCCCCAUAUGUCUGAAUGUUGACCAGAAGCAUGCAAGGGUAGAAGCAUCGAGUUCAAUAUGUGCUCGAUUUGAAAAAGAUGCAGACUUCUUAUGCCGUGUUGUAACUAUGGAUGAAACUUGGGUAUAUUUCUACGACCCAAAAACAAAGCAGCAAUCGAUGGAAUGA